UGGCCCGUCCCUGGCUGCGGGGAGCGGAAGCUCCCACGAGGUAGCGGUGGCCCGCAGCGGCCCCGUCCCAGCAGCGAGCCAUGGGCCAGAAGCUCUCGGGGAGCCUCAAGUCGGUGGAGGUGCGAGAGCCGGCGCUGCGGCCGGCCAAGCACGAGCUGCGGGGAGCGGAGCCGGGGCGGCCGGCGCGGCUGGACCAGCUGCUGGACAUGCCGGCAGCGGGGCUGGCGGUGCAGCUGCGCCACGCGUGGAACCCCGAGGACCGCUCGCUCAACGUCUUCGUCAAGGAUGACGAUCGGCUCACCUUCCACCGGCACCCGGUGGCGCAGAGCACGGACGGCAUCCGCGGCAAGGUGGGCCACGCCCGCGGCCUGCACGCCUGGCAGAUCCACUGGCCGGCGCGGCAGCGGGGCACACACGCUGUGGUGGGCGUGGCCACGGCGCGGGCCCCGCUGCACUCGGUGGGCUACACGGCCCUGGUGGGCAGCGACGCCGAGUCCUGGGGCUGGGACCUGGGCCGCAGCCGCCUCUACCACGACGGCAAGAACCGGCCCGGCGUGGCCUACCCCGCCUUCCUGGGGCCCGAUGAGGCCUUUGCGCUGCCCGACUCGCUGCUCGUGGUGCUGGACAUGGACGAGGGCACACUCAGCUUCGUCGUGGACGGCCAGUACCUGGGCGUGGCCUUCCGUGGCCUCAAGGGCAAGAAGCUUUACCCGGUGGUGAGUGCCGUGUGGGGCCACUGUGAAGUCACCAUGCGCUACAUCAAUGGCCUUGACCCCGAGCCCCUGCCGUUGAUGGACCUGUGCCGGAGAUGCAUCCGCCUGGCCCUGGGCCGCCAGCGCCUACGGGACAUCGACUCCCUGCCCCUGCCUCAAUCUCUCAAAAACUAUCUGCAGUACCAGUGAGCCGGGGACGGAGGGGCAGCGGAGGACACCCACAGACCCAGGCCUGUCGCUUCACGGUCACACUGUACAUCAGGAAGGAGUCUCCCUCCUCACCCUGGCUCCCCAGGACAUUCACUUCUUUGAAAGGCCAGGACAUCU